AUGACUGAAUGGAAGCAACUGAUAUCGGAGUGGCUGAAUGAGUAUGCUGCACUUCUGGACAAUGAAAUCAAAAGCUUUGCAGCUGAACACGAACAUAACCAUGAAAUAGCUACUGCUAUCUUUAAUCUGUUCUACAGUGAAGAUGACAGUGGGACUAACAUAAACAAAUUGGAGAAUGAAUCUGAAUAUGAACAGAUAUUGGAAAAUGUUUGUACCCAAUUAUUCAGCUUCUACAGAUCAAAGGAAGUUGAGUUACAAAGGUUCACACUGCAGUUUGUUCCUACUCUUAUUUAUAACUAUCUGAGCUCAGUAGCUCAAGGUAGUAAAAAAACUUGGCGCUGCAUAGAAACUUUAUUGAUUGGCCUGUAUAACUAUGAAGUUGUGGAUGAAGAGGGCAAACCCAAAGUAGUUCAAUUCAGACUUCCAUCAUUAGCGCAAGCUUCCAUAUAUCACGAGCCAUUAUCUUUGGGGUCCCAGUUCUUAACUGAGAGUGCAUUACGGAGGUGGGAAGAGUGCAAUACUAAACUAGUGAGUUGGGGCCCAUUCCCACAAGUUGAAGUGAUCAAUGCCCAAAACCGAUUGAAAGUAAUGUCAGCACUACUAUUUAUUUACAAUCGCCAACUGAGUUUAUUACCGAAACUUGCUUUGCGUCAUUUCUGUAUUGCUGCAUCAAGAAUAGUCACACAAGGUUUCAAUAAGAAAGUAACUACUGCAUCUGGAAAACCAGUACCAAGAAUACCAGUGUCGUCAAGUUUCUUAUUGGAAAUGAUUGAAGGCGCAUAUUUUGCUAUGUUCAACGAAUUCUACACACUAGCUCAUCAAGCAGUCCAAGAUAUAGAUCAGAGAGCGCAGUAUGAACUAUUCCCUGAUGUAAUGUUGGUUACUAGUGCUGUGAUAAAUUCUUUAAAAAAUAAUCCUUCAGGACAACCAUGCGACGGGCCCAUGGGUAUUAGUGUAGCGUUGUCCCCUGCGACUACUACUGUGACCAUGUCGAAGUCCAUGAUCACUAAUGCAUCAUUCCGUACGAAGAAGUUACCAGAUGACAUUCCUAUUCAAGCUGGACAAGCCGUAGCAACUGAUUCAGCCGAUAUGCUGACUGCAAUCACCGAGGAGUGUGAAGCCGAAGCUGCUCCAAUACAGCGUGGCGGUGCAGUCCGGAGUUCCAAACCCAAAUUAAGUUCAUUUCCUGUACUCGGUAAAAAGACAAAAGAUAGCAAAGACAAAAGCGCGAAUUCGGGCGAGAAAAAAGUUACACUUAAGGAGUCUUCCAAAGGUAUUUGGAAUUCACUGAGCGGUGGCGGCGGCGGGGAUAUGGUAGAUGCACAACAGAAGUCUAAUGUUACUGACGGUUCAGUAGAGGCGAAUGGCAGCAUGAAAGAUGAGAAAAUGUCCAUGACUUCAAUGCAUAAUAGCACUGAAAACUCUGACACACGGUCGCAAGUCACUUCCGACUCACUGGAUAUUGAAACAACUCCACGCUUUGCGGCAAUGCAAGUCAGUUCAGUAUAA